AUGGCAGCGCCUCCUUCCUUUCCCAGCUCUCCUAGCUCUUCAUUCUCUUCAUUGUCUGAUCAGGACUUAGACAUUUGGCUUGGGCCAAGCACCACUCUACCCGGAAAACUGGGCUCAAGAGACGAUACCUUGUCGCGGAUGUCGCGCGACGACAUACUUUCGCUGGCAAACUGCCGCAGCACCAAGCGUUGCGUGCGACUCAGCGAUUUCAUGCGCCUGAAUUCUCUGCCCGCCAAAGAUGGACAGCAGCUUCAGCUCUCCUUCGGCAGCGCGCUCCAUGUUGGCGAUGGCACGAAUGUUUUGUGCAAAGUGUGCAGUUUCCACAAGCCCCCGCUCCGCAUAUGCAAGAAGGGAGCCUUCUGCGAUUUCUGUCAUCUGCAUGAUGGACGACGCAACGGACGUCGACGGAGCUUGCGGGAUGAGACCGGCAGGAUGACGUGGGCAGACACAGAAGUUCAAGUGCUCCAGGGAAUUCGCCUGUGA